AUGUUACAAAUACGCACUGGAUUGGCGCUGCGGCGAGCAGCAAGAAAUAACGAGAUCCAGUCUUCUACAGCUGGGCUUGCACUAGGAUGGUCUCAAGCAAAUCUGAUCGUUGUACCUUCCCAGUAUGCGAACGACUUCAGGCUGCUCUGCAUGCGGAAUCCUGUUGCAUGUCCUCUACUAGCGGAGUCUGACAAAGUCGGGUCCUACGACCGCAUCAAGUCUCGCGUACCCUUCUUAGAGGAUGAAGACAUCAUGGAACACCCCUGUGAUCUCCGCAAAGAUGCACCAAAGUACAUGGUCUACCAGGAUGGCAAGCUUGUCAAAGACCAUUGUCCUGAUGUUGUCGAGGACUGGACUCAGGACCAUGUCGGUUUCCUUCUUGGCUGCUCUUUCACCUUUGAGCGAGCUUUGACUGCCGCCGGUCUGCCACCGCGCAACAUCACGGACAAGCGAAAUGUACCUAUGUACCGAACCAAGACACCUCUCAAUCCAUCUGGCAUUUUCACGAACGGCACUUAUGUUGUAUCGAUGCGAGCAUACAAGGAGAGCGAGAUAGAUAAAGUCCGAGAAAUCACGAGAAAUUACGCUUUGAUGCACGGAGAGCCUAUUGAUUGGGGCUGGGAUGCUAUUCAACGUCUCGGCAUAGCCGAUGUGACCACGCCGGAAUGGGGUGACAGUCCUCUGUCUAGCGACGGCAGAUCUUUCAGCGAAGUCAAAGGCUCUUCGGACGAUGUGCCUGUGUUCUGGGGCUGUGGCGUAACUCCUCAAGACGCAGUCUUGAAGGCAAAGCUUGCCGGGACAUUUAUCGCCCAUGCUCCUGGACACAUGAUUGGCCUCGACUUUAGAGACUCAGAUGUUGCAAGGAUAAGCUGA